CGCCUGGCCUCGUAAGCUCAGAGCGUCUACGAGCGGCGCCUCUUCCAUCGCUGCGUACGCGCGGGCCGCGUGCGGCCUUCGCAAACCCGCUCCCGACGUGGCCGCCGCCGCCGAGAUUGUCGCCCACAGCAGCGUCGUCCGAGUUCAGCGAGCUGUGGCCGGUUGGCAACCCAGCGGACAACCCCGACUCGCGGAGGCCGGACGCUCCGGACAAACUCUUCAGCGGGCUCGCGGGCGACGUGGCACUGCGGAGGCCGACCUACGCCGCUGACUGGAGGCUGUCGUCGCAGAAGGACAUCCCCACCUUUGUCGGCGCGACCCUCUUCCUCUACUUUGCGUGCCUGGCGCCGGUGGUGGCGUUCGGCGGCGCGAUGCAGGUGGCCACGGGCGGGCAGCUCGGCAUCGUCGAGACGAUCAUCUCCCGCGGCGUCUGCGGCAUGCUGUACGCUUCCCUCGCCGGCCAGCCGAUGACCUUCAUCGGGCCGACCGGCCUCACACUCGCCUUCACCACGGCGCUGUACGCCUUCGUCACGCCGCGCGGCAUCCCCUUCCUGCCGAUGUACACGUGGGUGGGGCUGUGGACCUGCGGCUUCCUCUCGCUCGCGGCGUGCACCAACGCCGCCAACCUCAUCCGCUACUGCACCCGCUUCACCGAGGACGUCUUCAACGCCUUCCUCGGCACCUCCUACCUCCACUCCUCCGCAACAGCCAUGUGGAUGCGACUCGUCGCCGCCUCGCGCGCCGCCGCCGCCGGCGCUCGCAGCGCCGCCUCCGCCUCCGCCUCCGCCCUGCUCUCGCUCUGCUGGGGCCUCCUCACCUUCGGCGCCUGCGAGGGCUCCACCCGCCUCUCCGCCUCGCGCUACUUCCCGCGCACUCUCCGCUCGCUCAUCGCCGACUUUGGGCUCGCCGCAGCGAUUCUCUUCUUCCUCGACCAAAACAUCACCGUGCGCACCGUCAACUCGGAGCGCAACAAGCUCAUCCCGCGCGCAACCUACCACCUCGACCUGGCGGAUUGGCUGGAGCAGAACGUGGAACGCAUCUCGAAGGACGACCUGACGGAGACGCCCACAACGGCGGAGGCGCUCGAGGGUCAGCCCAACGCAAAGGCGGUGACCAUCGGUGCCGCGAAAGCCACGGGGUCCGAUAUCGCGUACAAGCUCUCGCACCUGCUCGCCCUCGUCGUGGCCGGCGUGAUCGCCCUGCUCGCCUCCGCCGCUCUUGCCGACGGCCGGUCGGUCAUCAAGCUCAAGGACACCUCCAACCUGCCCCGCCUCACCGCACUCACGGCGACCCUGGACGGCAAGACGAUCAACCUCAAGGAUCACGGCCUCGACUACCGCGCUGACGAGCUUCUCGGCCCGCAGUACGGCGUCGGCCUGCACCACGACUCGUCGGGCUACGGCUGGGGCAAGGCGGGCGCCCGCGAGACCCUGCAGGAGUACAUCGACGAGCUCGGCCUCCUCCAGGUCAUUGCCGCCGUGCCGAGCGUCAUUGCGACCGACGGCCUCAAGCACCCGGCGCACUUCCUCGAGUGCACCGAGCUCAAGAAGGCGGGCCUCUCGGCCAUGUCCCUCGCCAUCAUCGCCGAAGUUGCCUCCGCCGUGAUGAUCAUUUUCCACGGACUGGCGCUCGUCGGCCUGCUGCCGCUCUCCGCAAAGCUCGCCAAGGGCUUCGCCGGCCUCGUCUGGUGGCGCAGGAGGCCGGCGACAAAGCCGGAGAGGCCGCCAAAGGGCGCAGCGGGGCUGAGAUCGAACAGGCUGCCAAAGGCGCUGCAGCGCAUCCAGCGGCGGCAGCCGCUCGGACGCCGCGCCGGAAAGGCAAAGGCGAGGUCGAGGGCCCGCAUCGCGCCGGCGGCGCUCACGCCGUCAUCGAUCGCCGCAGCACUUCCGUUGGUGACCGCGCCUGCCACCGAGAAGCAGGCGGCAUCGUCCACCUCCAUGGUUCGCAGGUGCAGGGAGUACAGCGUGGCAGCGCGCUGGUCGCCGUCGCCGGUCCGGCGCUGCAGUCGAGGGAGCAGCCGCGAGGCUGCGGUCCUCAGCAGCGGCGUCGGGCGGAGGAGGGCGAACUGCGCGCAAGCCGCCCACCCCUCGAGCUUCCUCGAGUCGCGGGGCACGAAGAUGCGGUGGCCCAUCACGCCCGCCAGCCAGCCCACGGGCAGGGCGCCUGUCAGGCACUGCCCGGCGCUCGCCGGCCGGGCGGCGUCGGGCACGCUCGCGCAGGGCGCCGGCCGCGGGGUGGCGCUCAGCUGGUGGAGCAGGCGGUCGAACUCGGGCCCAUAG